AUGGCACCCCUAAGGCUCAACAGCAAGAACCUGGAACUAAUUGGAAAGGCAGGCAAGGGGCGGAUCCAAAUCCCAAGCCACCGUUUCCUCCGUCGCCCGAUUAAGGAGGGAAUCGUCCACGUUGGUGUUGGCGGCUUCCACAGAGCUCAUCUAGCUGUCUACAUCGACCAGCUUAUGGAGAAGCAUGGCUCAACUGACUACGCAAUUUGCGGCGUUGGCUUGCAGCCUUUCGAUGCUACCAUGCGUGAUGUCCUGAGACAGCAGGACCACCUCUACACCGUCAUGGAGCGCUCGGACAAAGGAAGCUUUGCCCAUGUUGUUGGAUGCAUCAAUUCCUACCUCUUUGCCCCUGACAACCAAAAAGCCGUCAUCGACAAGAUGGCCCACCCUGAUACCCGUAUUGUGUCGCUCACCAUCACCGAAAGCGGCUACUACUACAACGAAAACACACACGAGCUGAUAAGCGAUCACCCCGAUAUCGUGAAUGACCUCAAAACAGAGAACGAAGAAAAACCGCGCACAACCUUCGGUUUCCUCUACGCUGCCCUGGCAGAACGCUACAAGCAAAGACAAGACCCCUUUACUGUCAUGUCAUGCGAUAACAUGCAGAAGAACGGCUCCAUAACACGCAACAUGUUAGUGUCAUUUGCGCGCAAACGCAACCCUCAGAUCGCAGAUUGGAUUGCCGAGAAAGGUGCCUUCCCCAACGCCAUGGUCGACCGCAUCACACCACAGACAUCAGAGCAGGACAAAAAGGCACUAGCCGAGGACUUCGGAAUUCAGGACGCAUGGCCCGUCGUCACAGAGCCCUUUAUGCAAUGGGUUAUCGAGGACGAGUUUGUUGGCGACCGCCCAGCAUUCGAGAAGGUUGGUGUCCAAGUUGUCAAGAAUGUCCACGACGUCGAACAGUUCGAGAAGCACAAGCUCCGUCUGCUCAACGGUAGCCACUCGGCCAUCGGCUACCCAGGUCAACUGGCAGGCUUCGAAUACGUUCACGAAGUCAUGCAGAACCCACAGUUGCGCAAGUUGGUGUGGGAGAUGAUGCAAAUGGAGGUGAAGCCCCUCUUGCCGGAAAUUCCAGGUGUCGACAUUGAUGAGUAUUGCAAAACGCUCAUGAAGCGCUUCUCCAACUCAACAAUCAUGGAUCAGUUGCCCCGCGUCUGCCUCAAUGCCUCCGGCAAGAUCCCACAGUUCAUCAUGCCGUCGAUUGCCGAGGCGAUUAUGGAGAGUAAGAAGGAGCAGCGUGAAUAUCCUUUCCGCCGCCUGUGUUUCGUCGCGGCCUCUUGGUUCCUGUAUAUCAAAGGCGUCGAUGACCACGGAAAAACAUUCAAGGUCAUUGAUCCCAUGCUUGACGAGCUCCUGGCUGCAGCUGGAGACGACAAGGGCCCCCACGGGCUGCUCCAAAUCAAGAGCCUCUUCGGUGACGACUUGCGUGGAUAUAAACGAUUCACCGAUGAGAUGGAGAAGGCCAUGAAAGACAUCGCCGAAAAGGGCGUUUUGGAAACACUCAAAGAGUACUUCCCUGAGGACGCCAUCUAA